CUUCACUAGAAAUGAGCUUUUGUGAACCUUGCUCUCUAGCCUAGAAGCAUUUGUCCUACCUUGUAUUUGUCAAAACUCCCGUAGUUCAGACCUAAAUAUCUGUACUUGAGAUCAGCCUCACAUGUGUCUGAGCAGCUUGUCAAGUCACCAUGUGGACACACAGCCUGAGGAAGGGCAUUGCCGGUGCCAUCUUCCCAUCUCCCCUAGCUGAUAGCACAGCCCUCCUGGUUCUGUUCUGAAUCCUUGGUUUAGGAAGGAAGGGCUUGGUCCACCAGUGCUCUCAGAGACUAUGGCAGAACAGUUCAGCUCUAAAGGAUAGGACUUAACAGGCCAUCUUGACUUACAUCUAAGCGUAGUCUAGAAAAACCUAUAAGGAUUCAGCUCUAAUCCAAUUCAAAACUGCUUUCUGUUUGUCAUUUUUUUUUAAUGUUGGUGCAUUAAAAGAUUGACAUUUGGCACACAUUUGAAGAUGAUCACUCUCUACCUCCAGUAAUUGCAGCUGCUGUUCCUUAGGAUUCACUACACUACCUGAAGCCAUGCUACAAGCUUGCUUGCUUUCUUUUUUUUUCUGGUUUUUCGAGACAGGGUUUCUCUGUGUAGUUUUGUGCCUUUCUUGGAACUUGCUUUGGAGACCAGGCUGGCCUCGAACUCACGGAGCUCCACCUGCCUCUGCCUCCCGAGUGCUAGGAUUAAAGGCGUGCGCCACUACUGCUCGGCCAUGUGCCACCACUGCCCGGCCGCUACAAGCUUUCUGUUCAUGGGCUUGUUUUGUUUCUCACACUGAUACUGUACGGUGAAUAUUAUUCACAUUUAACACAUGAAAUAAAAACUCAGCUAUCGGACAACUUGGUGCCAUUUGUACAGUGAAGAACUGGGCUGAGUCAGGAGUCCCCCAUGGCUCUCUAGCUUCACAGCCUACACUGGUCAGCUCUGCCCUGUAAAGACAAAAUGAGCUUGUCCUUGGAGGCCAUCUGCUGUGUGUCUUGUCUGAUACCAGCAGUCUGUAAUGGUUCUGAUUUUUCUUAGUUAUAUCAAGGUACCUGCUCCAGAUUCUUUGUCCUUUGGUGUUACCAAAAAGGUGAACGUUGGAAUUGGCAGUUAGAUGCUCUCUAUGCUAACUUCAGAUAUUUUCCAGAGCAUGCCUGGCAGGUUACCUGUCCAGCUUGUGUUUAAAUACCUCCAAAAGGAAGUUGGUUACUUUUUGCAACUGACUCCAUUUUGUUGUUAAUCAACUGAAGCUAAAAAGUAUGUUUGAGAGCUGGGUGGUGGUGGUGCACGCCUUUAAUCCCAGCACUCAGGAGGCAGAGCCAGGCAGAUCUCUGUAAGUUUGAGGCCAGCCUGGGCUACAGAGUGAGUUCCAGAAAAGGUUCAAAGCUACCCAGAGAAACCCUGUCUCAAAAAACCAAAAAAAAAAAAAAAAAAAAAGCAUGUUUGGGUACUAUAUAGGCUGAAGGCAGGGGGAUUGCUGUAAAUUUGAGACUAUAUAGUGAGUUAGAGACUAACCUGGGCUAUAAAGCAAGACCUCCAAAAUAAAGGGAGAGAGAUUAUCACCUUACACAAUAAAUCUCUAGAAAAGACUAGUCUAAGCAGCAACAUAGCGUGCAGGUGGGCAAGACACUUCGGAUCCUAAAGUGAGCAGCAAGGUAAUGGCAGCACCUCGGACAGGUGGAGCCGAUUAAACGAGGCACUGUAAACAUUAAGGACAGCUUUUGGUGCUUAGGAAGCACUCUCCCAAUGGUUCUUACAGGGUCCCAUGCAGAGGUGUACCUGCCAGUACACUUUUGCAUCUUUUUCACAUAGUGGAAAGACCGACUGCCGCUGGCUGCAGCAGAGGCCUUGAGGAAUGCCGGACCUCAGCCGAGACAGUUCUCUCACUGUGCUAGUCAGUGAUUUAUUAGAAUGGCUUACAGGCUGUGCUAUGGCUAGUCCAACAAUGGCUACCUACCAAUGGAAGGUCCAAGGAUCUAGAAGCUGCUCAGUCUGUGAGGCUGGAUGUCUCAGCUGGUCUUCAGUAUACACUGGAAUCCUGAGGAAGCCAGCUCUAAUGCCAGUGAAGGAAUGGACUUGCCAUCAAAAGUGAGGGCAAGAGCAGGUCAAGAGAGAGAAUGCUUCCUUCUUACAUGUCCUUUAUAGAGGCUUACAGCUGGAGUUUUUGUGUGUCCCACCCAGUCCGCAGCCGCUUAGACCCAAGUAAACACACAGAGGCUUAUAUUAAUUAAAACUGCUUGGCCAUUAGCUCAGGCUAACUACUGACUAGCUCUUACACUUAAACUCAGCCCAUUUCUGUUAAUCUAUAUGUCGCCAUAUGUUCUGUGGCUUUACCUGUGUGCCAUUACAUGUUGCUUCCUGGACGGCAGGUUGACAUCUCCUGAUUCAGCCUUCCUCUUCCCCAAAUUCUCCUUGUCUCCUUAUCCCACCUAUACUUCCUGUCUGGCUACUGGCCAAUUAUCGUUUUAUUUAUCAACCAAUCAGAGCAACACAUAUUUUCCCAGCAUACAAAAAGACACCCCCCCCAGAGGCUGCUAGCUGAAGGUAUAUAUAGUCCAGAUUAAAGGUGGAUCUUCCCACCUCAAAGAAAUGGAUUAGAAAUGGGUCUUCUGGGCUGGAGAGAUGGCUCAGUGGUUAAGAGCACUGGCUGUUCUUCCAGAGGUCCUCAGUUCAAUUCCCAGCAACCACAUGGUGGCUCACAACCAUCUGUAAUGAGAUCUGGCGCCCUCUCCUGGCAUGCAGGCAGAACACUAUAUACCAAAUAAAUAAAUAAAUAAAUAAGUAAGUAAGUAAGUAAGUAAGUAAAUAAGUAAAUCUUUUAAAAAAAAAGAAAGAAAUGGGUCUUCCCACUUCAGAAGGUUUAAUUUAAAAAAAUCCCUCACAGGUGUACCUGGCCAUUUGGGUUUUAGUUAAUUCUAAAUGUAAUCAAGUUGAUAAGCAAGAGUAGCUAUCACACUCCCCUAACAGUGCAGAGAUACGCAAGUGGCUGGGCUACCUAAUGUCAUUAGGCAUCCUGCUUGUCACCUUUCAAAUUUAGACCUAAGGGAGACUGUCAACUUAAUUUCCAUUUGGGUGACCAAACUUGAUGCAACAUAUCAUGCCUUAUGUGUGUGUGUGUGUAGACAUGGUCUCACUGUGACCUAGGCUAGGAAGGAUUUUCUGAUAUUAAAGAGAACAGACAUAAGUAGACAGUAAGCAGCCUUGAACAGACCUCUGUGUUUGCUUUGUUUUUCUUGUACUGCAUGUGAGAUUUCUCUGUACAUUUGGGAUGUUACAGAUUACAGCUCUAGACUUCUAUUAUUGUAUUCCAGUGGCACUCCAGUUUUAGCCUGGCAGGUCCCAAAGAAAAUGCUCAGUGCUUUACACUGUGAGACCUGUGCCCUUUUGGAUCAGUGACUGUAGCCAAUGGUGUUUGGUCCUGUGAUUGACCCUAAUGUGAGAAUGGGGUCUAUUGCCAAAUCAAGGUACUGAGAGGACAAAAACAGUCCCUACCGUAACCAGUAGCUACUUUUUAAUUGUGUGCUGGUAGUAUUUGAGAGUAUGCUAACUGUCAAGAGUGUGUAUCCUAGGAAAGGCCAGCUGGACUCUGUCUCCACGGUGACUCUCACCCCAGGGACAGCCUGACACUAGGCAAUUAUAAUUCCAGAGAAGAAAAAUUCUUUGUUCUUGGAAUAUUAGAAGAGAAGGUAGACAGGAAAGACCUUUCCAGCUACAGAGAGGAGAGAAAGGAGUUGGGUUUCUGCUGCUGAGAAAGUCAGGCCUUAGUUGGACUUCAGGCUGGAUUCUAAGACCAAAGUGUCACAAGGACCUGCCUCUCUCCAGACCCUCUGUCUGUUUUCCUUUGGGAUGGUUCUUUUGUUGGUCUGUUUGUCUUUCUUGAGACAGAGUCUCUGUGUAGCCCUGGCUACCAUGGAACUCACUAUAGACCAGAUAGACCAGGCUGGCAUCAGCUCCCAGAGAUCUGCCUGCCUCUGCCUCCUGAGUCUUGGGAUUAAAAGUGUGUGCCACCAUGCCUGACUUAUUUUCAGAUAUCAUAGUGUGACACACACACAUACACACCACCCACACAGCUUUGGUAGAAAGAGCUUCUCUUUGCCGAAAACCCCCUGGGUUUGGUUCUCAUUGGUCCAGACCAGAGAGGUAUCCAGGCUCAAGUCGUCAUUGUAGCUCAGAAGCUGAGAUACAGGCACACACAUGGAUUGAGAGUUAAUGACUAGUGGUUGUAGGAAAUGACUGAAACUACCACAGAGGGGAUAAAAGUGUCUGGACAGGAAAAAUCAUCAGGCAUCUAGUGCAGGCCUCUUCUUUCCCCAGAGCUCUUCACUUUCCCCAGCCUACUCCCCGUACACACUUAACCACUCUCUCAUUACUCCUGAAGGGGGAUCUGGGCCCAGACUAGGGGCAAAGGGAAAUAUGCAUAGCUCGAGUGGCUGUGGUCAACAAAGAGCCAUUUCAUAGAUGCCUCUGUCUGGAACUGCUUCCUUCUGUCCCCAGCCAGCCAUCUAGGUUGUCUAGUUACGUGCCUCCAGUUCUUGAGGAACUAGGAGUAAGCUCCUGGGUUACCCAGCAUUUAUAUAGUAGAUGCUUGCCUGAAUAUGAGCCAUACUCUUCCCAUCCCUACUCCUGCCCACGUAACUUUCACAUUGCAAGGAUCCAGGGACUGGGAACAAGGUUGAAUGAUUGACCUGUAAGGUCCUGUCGACCCAUUCUGUUUUACAUGGUUAUCCAGAGCCUUUGUGGUUGGUUGGGAUGGGUAGUGGCUUCUGAAUGAGUCACUUAUACAUCAACCAAUUCUCUUAGGACCCAAGGCUAUGGUUCCUUUCCUAGUCAUUGAUACAUCUAUACUAUGGUAGGUUUGAAAUUAAUCAGACAACAAUUUGUUCUACUUAACACAUCCUUAGAGUAUUAGCCAUAAUGAAGAAGUCUUGGCAAUUAGGGAAGUCUUUCUUGGCAUACCACCAUGGCCUGUAAGAGCCCAGAGGGUGUUCUCCAGCCUUGUUCUAGCUGGCAUCAGCUGCCCUUCUGGACAAACUGGCUUCUAUAGGUCAGCCAGUAGCUUUUAUGAAGCUAUAAGGCUGUUAAAAUAGUACUGGCAGUGUUGAGACAUGGCUAAGAGUCUAGCUGUUUAUAACUGGUCUCAGCCAAAUGCCCUGUCACCUUGGACAAGUUGUCCUAAGUCCAGGCUCACUGAGACACAGAAGCCUAGCAACAGCAUCGCGCUUCUUAUAGCUUGUGUGCUUGUUGCACAUUAGCAUAGGAAGGUGGGACCCUGACCACAAACGCUAUGUAGCAGAAGACAGCACCAGCCACCCGCCUAUUCACUUAAAUACUUACUGAGCCCACACAGAGAACCAGGCCCUGCACUGGAGAUUAACAUGCAGCCAGUCUGUUCCUAGGGACCUUACAGCUUAGUCGGGAAAAAGCCGUGAAACAAACUAGAGUUCUCUGGUAGAGGUCUUAUUUUGGCAGUAGUCAUGGUGACAGGUGGGUGCUGGGGGUGAGCAUGUCAGCUCCCACUCUUCUUCAGUCUGUUAUCUGACCUCUUGGAAUCUCAAAUCUCCCAUCUAUAUAGCAAGAAGAUGGGUAGGCUGGUUUUGAGGAUUUUAGUUCCUUCACACAUGGAAAACACUGGUUUUCAGUACCGCAUAAACAGCAGCUAUGACUAUCUUUAGAAAGUGAAAGACCCCGAGUAGAACCUCUGUAGUGCACAGCAUUCUGACACAUUUUAGAUUUAAAAUAAGAUUAAGCAAAUCUUACCUUUAUAAUCAGACUACCACAAAAAAAAAAAAAAAAAAAAGAGAUGGAGGGGGUGGAAAUCAUUCUUAUUCUGCAUGGAAUGCCAGGCACUCAGCAGAAAACAUUUAAUCCUUUCAACUGCCAAUUAAGUAGGGAUUUUCACAACCCGUUUUACAGAGGAGGAAGCUAAUUAUCAGAGAAGUUGAGUAAAUUUGCCCAGUGCCACACACCAGAAAACUGGCUGAACAGAAUGAAGGCCAGCUGUUAUCUGGAUGCAAAGUCCAUCUUGUAUGCAGUUCUUUCCAUGUCCGGGGUGGCAAAAGCAGUUGGCUUAGUGCCAAGCAACUUACCGGUGUGUUCAGAGUUUCCACAGAAGCGGACAGGCAAUUGGGCAAGGUGGGUGUCUGGGAAAAGCUGCCAGAGUUGACUUUUUUUUUCUCUAAAGAAAGCCACAUUCCUGCACUGUGUGGCCAUUCCUUUUACAUGUUGUAAAUCUUUUUUUUUUUUUCCCCCCCUAAUGAAGGCCAAACAGAAUACCGCUGCUGGUCAGAUUUGGCUCUGGUGACUGGCUAGCACUUUUUCAACCAGCCAUCUCUCUAUCUCUCUCUCUGACUGUUCUCUAUUUAUGUGGCUCUGGGCGAUGCAACUCAGAACAAGCCAGGAAAAUUUCUUGCAUUGCGGGUCGGGAUAUCUGGUGCUUCUUACAUUUCACCGUGCAUAGGAAUCACCUGAAGGUCUUGUUUGACCUGCAGGUCGGGCCUGGGAAUUUUCUUUCCCUUGGGGGUAGGGGGUUGGUCUCAGGUAGCUGAGGUUGGCCUAACUCGUAAUCUUGAAGUCUUGCCCCUCCUAAGGAGUUCCCGGGUGUUGCAGAUACUGCUGGCCCGAGUUUUUCUGGAGAAAGCUUGAGCUACAUACAACUCGCUGGGGCAGCGAUUGUCACAGAGAGGGCGGGUCGGCUGCGCUCUGAAGGUGUAUCUGCUUGCCAGGCGUUCUGGGUUUGUUCAAGUUUGGGUUUAUUUGGUCUAGCCGGCGGGAGGGCAGUCGAGGGCGAAGGUAGUGCAAGGCCAAGCUACCUUUAGGGUCCUAACAGGAGAACCCCCUGGAGGAGACGCAGGUGAACCACAUGAGCACUCUCCGGCCGAGGGGCAGAAAGUAGGACCGAAUCCUGUCCCCACUGGGGAUUUCCGCGUAUCCCAUUCGUUCCUGUUUUCCCAGGCUAUCCCACGUGCAUUCCAUCCUCAAGUCCCUGCCCCUCAAGUUUCUCGCUUGCAAGAUCGGAGGUUUAAAAGCGGCUGCGCCGUAGAGCACUCCCAUGGUGCCGCGCGCUGGGCGGGUUUGUAUUUUAAAUCCCCGCGGCCAAUCAGCAACGCGCAGGCCCUUGUAACGUUCCCAGCGCUGCGUUUGAAUUUGGGGAGGAGCUGAGCAGGGCAAGAUCCUCUGCACCGGCCGGGCCAGGUCCGCGGAGCAAAUUUAGGAGUAUGAGUGCAGCGGCCAAAGCUGGAAAGCUGGCUCGAGCACCAGCCGACCUCGGGAAAGCCGGGGUCCCGGGAGAUGCAGCUCCCGGUGCCCCAGUGACCGCCCCGCUGUCGAAAGAGAUUCCGGAGGUCUUAGUGGACCCGCGCAGCCGGCGCCAGUAUGUACGGGGCCGCUUUCUGGGUAAAGGAGGCUUUGCCAAGUGCUUCGAGAUCUCAGACGCAGACACAAAGGAGGUGUUCGCUGGCAAGAUCGUGCCCAAGUCUUUGCUGCUUAAGCCCCACCAGAAGGAGAAGAUGUCUAUGGAGAUCUCCAUUCACCGCAGCCUCGCACACCAACAUGUCGUAGGCUUCCAUGGCUUUUUCGAGGACAGCGACUUUGUGUUUGUGGUUUUGGAGCUCUGUCGCAGGAGGUCCCUCCUGGAGCUGCACAAGAGGAGGAAAGCACUGACCGAGCCUGAGGCUCGCUACUACCUGCGGCAGAUCGUCCUGGGCUGCCAGUACCUGCACCUAAAUCAGGUCAUUCACAGGGACCUCAAGCUGGGCAACCUCUUCCUGAACGAGGAUCUGGAGGUGAAAAUAGGGGAUUUUGGGCUGGCAACCAAAGUGGAAUAUGAAGGGGAACGAAAGAAGACCUUAUGUGGCACUCCUAACUACAUAGCUCCCGAGGUGCUGAGCAAGAAGGGACACAGUUUUGAGGUGGAUGUGUGGUCCAUCGGGUGCAUCAUGUAUACCUUGCUAGUGGGCAAGCCACCUUUUGAGACCUCGUGCCUAAAAGAGACCUACCUCCGCAUCAAGAAAAACGAAUACAGUAUUCCCAAGCACAUCAAUCCUGUGGCUGCCUCCCUCAUCCAGAAGAUGCUCCAGACAGACCCCACUGCCCGCCCCACCAUUCACGAGUUGCUUGAUGACGAGUUCUUCACUUCUGGCUAUAUCCCUGCCCGUCUCCCCAUCACCUGCCUCACCAUCCCACCAAGGUUUUCAAUAGCUCCCAGCAGCCUGGACCCCAACAGCAGGAAGCCUCUCACAGUUCUCAAUAAAGGUGUGGAGAACCCCUUGGCGGACCGUCCCCGGGAAAAGGAGGAACCAGUGGUUCGGGAGACAAACGAGGCCAUCGAGUGCCAUCUUAGUGACAUGCUGCAGCAGCUGACCAGCGUCAAUGCCUCCAAGCCCUCAGAGCGAGGGCUGGUGCGGCAAGAGGAGGCUGAGGAUCCUGCGUGCAUCCCCAUCUUCUGGGUCAGCAAAUGGGUGGACUAUUCGGACAAGUAUGGACUUGGGUAUCAGCUUUGUGACAACAGUGUGGGGGUGCUCUUUAAUGACUCAACACGCCUCAUCCUCUACAAUGACGGUGACAGCCUCCAGUACAUAGAGCGGGAUGGCACGGAGUCCUACCUCACUGUGAGCUCCCACCCUAACUCCUUGAUGAAGAAGAUCACUCUCCUCAAGUAUUUCCGCAAUUACAUGAGUGAACACCUGCUGAAGGCAGGGGCCAACAUCACACCCCGGGAAGGUGAUGAGCUGGCGCGGCUGCCCUACCUGCGAACAUGGUUCCGCACACGCAGCGCCAUCAUCCUGCACCUCAGCAAUGGCACUGUACAGAUUAACUUCUUCCAGGACCACACCAAACUUAUCCUGUGCCCGCUGAUGGCAGCGGUGACCUACAUUGACGAGAAGAGGGACUUUCGCACAUACCGCCUAAGCCUUCUGGAAGAAUAUGGCUGCUGCAAGGAACUGGCUAGCCGGCUACGCUAUGCCCGCACCAUGGUAGACAAGCUGCUGAGCUCUCGAUCUGCUUGCAACCGCCUCAAGGCCUCCUCCUAGGCCUCUGUCCUUCGGACUGGUGCCCCUUCAAUCUGCAAGCUCUGUCUCGGCCUGCACUGCCGGGCUCCUGGGGCUGCUGUUCAGUGCCCCUGGCCCUGGGGCCUGGGUGGGAGCAGUGCCCCCCUUUGAAGGGGUUGCUAUGUAAGUUAUUUUUGUACAUGUUUGGGAGUGGGUUUACAGCCUCUUCCCUUGCCUGCCCUCAGCCCAUUGUAUGGAUUGUAUGAUAUUUCUAUUGAAUUUGGGACUACCGUUUCUUAGCUUUAUAUACAUUAAAUAUAUAUACAUUC